CAGUGUUUACAUCCAGAACUGUGGCCGCUUUGUGCUGAAGGUUUCUGGAUGAAGACGACAGGCUUAUAAAACAUGCACAGCUUUAACAAAACACCAACACGCGAGAUAAAUUAAGCGUAAAGCAUUACGUCGGUGAUUGUGCUGUUUCUAACGAGACUGGAGAUUACAGCACAGAGCACAUUACCUGCGAAACAGCCUUCAUUCCAUCCAGACCGACUGCUUACAGCUGGAGGUAGAGUCUCCUGAGAAAUUUAGGAGUUCCUGCUUUCCAGCGACACCAUGUGAAAGAUCUGGGAAACUGCAAAGUUCUUCUUUUAAGGGCGCGGUGGAUCAGGAGCCUCUCCGGAGAGCGCAAGGCACGGGAAUACACCCUGGAUGGGUCCAUCAUAGGGCACAAAGUGCACAACCUUUCACACCUAUGGACAGUUGGGAGUCGCCAAUCCAUCGACCAGUAGGAGGGAAAUCGAAAAAACCCAGAGGAAACCAACAAGGACACAAGGAGGACACACAAAACCCCACACAGACACAACAAUGGGAGGUGCAGUAAGUGCAGGAGAGGACAAUGAUGAGUUGAUUGACAACCUGAAAGAGGCCCAGUACAUUCGUUCAGACCUGGUGGAGUGUGCUUUCAGGGCCAUCGACCGAGCCGACUACUACUUAGAUGAGUUCCGUGACAGUGCUUAUAAGGACUUGGCCUGGAGACAUGGCAAUAUCCACCUGUCUGCACCGUGCAUCUACUCUGAGGUGAUGGAGGCUUUGGACCUACAGCCUGGCCUGUCCUUCCUCAACCUGGGAAGUGGAACAGGCUAUCUCAGCACCAUGGUGGGCCUCAUACUGGGUUCAUUUGGUGUAAAUCAUGGUGUUGAACUCCAUGCUGAUGUCAUUGAGUAUGCUUAUCAGAAGCUGGACUGCUUUAUCAAGACGAGUGACAGCUUUGACAAGUUUGAGUUCUGUGAGCCAUCAUUUGUAGUGGGCAACUGUCUGGAGAUCGCCCCAGAGAGCCGACAGUAUGACAGAGUGUACUGUGGAGCAGGGGUUCAAAGGGAGCAUGAGGACUUCAUGAAGAACCUGCUAAAGGUUGGGGGUAUUUUGGUGCUCCCCUUGGAAGAAAAGCUUACCAAAAUUACUCGGACAGGGUACAACUCAUGGGAGACAAAGAAGAUCAUUGCUGUGUCCUUUGCACCUCUUGUGCUUCCAAAACACAGAGAAAAUGGCAAACCCAGAGCAGUACCACUACCUGCCAUGUUUGAAGUGCGAAGCCUCCAGGACUUGGCUCGCAUUUCCAUCCGUCAGACCCUGAAGAAAUCUGUGUCUGGUCCGUGGCCUCUUCCCCAGAAGGUGGGAUCCAGAGGCAGGUCUCGUCUGAAACAGAGACGUGAACAACGCGACUCCACCCUCCUGACCAACCACUAUAUGUUCAUGAGUCGCCUGAUCCCCAGAGCUAUAGAUGACAACAACAACCAGUCGGAGUCAGAUGACGAUGAGGACUGCAGGGGGGUUUGCGAACGAGUGGAUGACGAGCUUGGAGAAAGUGAGGAUGGAAGGAGGAAAGAGGCAGGUGUUACAGAGGCUCCUGUUAACUUCCUGAGGGAGAUGAUCCUCAGCCUGCCUCUCCCGGAGCCACUCAAGACAUACCUUCUAUAUUACAGAGAGAAGUAGGCCAUCAAUUUACUGAAUUGACUUAUUACAGUUCAUCCAUAAACCAUGUAUAAGUCCUAAAAUGUCCAUCAGUUCCUCCUCACGCCUUGUUGGAUGUAAUGUGCACAAAUUACAUUUUUAAUGGCUAAAUAAUAAGCAUGAUUAGCGGGAAGAAAUAAACACUUUUUGGAAUCAGUGAAUCAGAGUCUUGAGUAGAGGUAUAAACAUCCUGUUUUACUGAAGUAUUAAAGCCACAAUCAGGAAUCUGACAAACAAUAAACCAUGAAAUGUGAACAGUAUGUCAACUAUACUGGUAAUAAACUGUGUAUGGAACUGG